AUGGCUCGACAGGAAUUAGCUGCACUAGCCGUGUUCAUGUAUGCUCUAGCGGCGCUUUUGAUGUCAGCGGCCCUCUUGGAGGAGGUGGCGACCAACCGCCAUGGACUGCAAUACGGCAGGGGUAGCAAUAGCGACGUCUUCAGGGACAUAGCAACAAUUCUCGAUCAACUGUUGGCUCCAGGAUCCGAUGUCCUAAUGGCGCUACACGACACGUUCGUUUACUCAGAGGAGCCGUGGCCAGCGGCGCUGUGGCGGCUGGCACACGCGCGGGGCGCCGUCACGGUGUGGCGCGGGUCCCGGCCGCCCCCGCCGCUGCCGCCGCCGGCCGCCGCGCGGUGGGUGUGCGUGCUGGCUGACGCCGCGGACCUCCCGCUGGUGGCGAGCUGGGCGGCGGCGCUGCGCGGCGCCUCGGGCCCCCGCUGGCGGCCGCUGGUGGUGGUGCGAGGGCCGCAGGUGGCGCGCGCGGCCGGGGCCCUGGGCGAGGUGCGCGCGGCCGCCGUCGUGGCGCUGCUGUCGCCGGCGGGCACCCGCGUGCUGCUGCACGAGCCGCGCGGCCGCCGCCUGCGAGAGGUGGCCGGGUGGCGACGCCGGAACUUGUCGCUGCUGCUGGACGCCGCCAGGCGCCUCCGCCGACCCAGCGUCACCGUCUGCGCCGUAUCCGUGCCGCCCGCCGUCUACUACGACGAGCAAGAUCAGCUGCGCGGCUACGAGUACACACUGCUCCGCGUCGCUCUCUCCUCCCUCGGAUUCUCCGUACAGGUGAUUCCGUCCAGGAACGAGAGUGAAUACUUGGUGUACGGUGGCAGACUGCGCAACGGGUCUUUCACGGGCGCCGUGCGGUUUGUCGCAGAAGGGGAGGCAGACAUAUGCGCCAAUAGCCGGUACCCCGUUCCAGAGUGGCUGGACGCCAUCUCGUUCACGUACCCCGUGGUGAGCGAGAACCUGUGUUUCGUGGUUCGCAAGUCGCGCGUGGCGCCGCUGCAUUGGCUGCUGCUGCAGCCGUUCGCGUCGGCGGUGUGCUGGCUGACGCAGGCGUCGGUGGCGAGCGCAGCGGCGCUGCUGUGGCUGGCGCGCCGCCGCCGGCCGCCGCUCGUGCAGUGCGUGUGCAGCGCCCUGGCGGCGCUCUGCGGCGGCGGAGGCAGCAGCUGCGCGAGUACGCGGCGCCCCGCCGGCGAGCGCCUGGCGCUGGCGUCGCUGCUGCUGCUCGGCUCCGUGCUCACCGGCGCCUACCGCGGCGCCGUCGUCGGCUGGCUCGCCUCGCCGGAGCACCUGCCGGAAAUCGACACCAUCGACGGCGUCGUGCGCUCCGUCGACACCAUCUACGUAAUGCCGUCCUUCCUCGACGGCUUCGGCUCACUAGAAGAGGGCACCGUACUCCGCCAGCUGUCGCACAUGUACCGACCACUGCGUAGCACGCACGACUGGCUAUCGUCUCUGUGUGAAGUUCAGAAAGGUCGCACUGAAGGUGCUUGGCUGGUGCGUGACUCCACUGCAUCUCUGCUGGCACAACCACGCUAUGCCCUGCACAGGGUUCUACAGUGCCCACUUUCCCCUGCUUACAGAGCAUUUGCAAUGCCUCGUGAUCAUCCGCUGAUAUCACAUUUCAACAGAGUUCUCACAUUACUUGUUGAGGCUGGUCUAUUGCAGAAGUGGACAGUGGACACAACAGAAAUUGUAAAUUCACUAGGUAAGGUCCCUGUAGUACGCAAUAGUACUCCUCACUUCACUAUAGCCUGUGCAAUUUCAGUUCUUGCAGCUGGGCUUGGUAUAAGUACAUUAAUUUUUUGUAUUGAAAUAAUGGGUAAGAGACCCAGAGCAAAGGCAGGAACACAAAUUAAAGAGCGUAACCUUAGUACACCACCUUUUUGGAAGAUAAGUGAAUAACUUCUUCACCACACAUUUUUUUUCAUUUUUAUAUUUACCAAGUAGGGUCAUCUAACAACUUCAGUUAUUCUUCAUUUUUUUGUUUCUUCCUGUUUUUCCUUUAGCCCUAGUCUUCUCCCUAUAUUGUCUUUCCCAUUCUUCUGUCUAUGCUGUUCCUGAUUUUUCAUUUAUUUCACUUUGAAAGCCUUCUAAAUUUAGUAUUUUAUUCUCAAAACAGUUUCUUUCUGUUAUUUCUGAUUAUUUGAUGUUGUUUCUUUCUAGUUCCUUCCUUAUUUCUGUAAUCCAUGCUACUGUCAAUUUCUUUUUUUUCAGAAAUACAGGAAGAUCUGUCUCAUUAACCUGUACCAUUUCAUUCAGUAUAGAUGUCCAAACAAGAUUAAGCUUCACUUUGCCAUUACCACUGAUAUUCUCUCAAUAUUCUCUUACAUAUCCUCAGUACUUCCAAUUUUCUGACUAUUGUAGUUUAUGUUGCAUUCAUUACCUUUCUAAUAAUUCUCUACUCUGCCCAGUUUAUAGUUCAUUAUUUAGGAAACUCAUAAAUAUAAGCAUUCUGAUCAUAUUUUAGUUAAGUUUUUCAAACCCUCUAGAAAAAUCCAAUAGUUUUAACAGAUAUUAUAUUACUGUAGCAGACGAAUUAAUAAGACAAAAUAAAACAAAUGCAGUAA